CUGCCUCUCACACCUGCUUCCCUUCCCACCAGACCUUCCACAUACUUCUUCGUUCCCCUGCUUUUACGACCGGCCAGCGCUGCGCGCCAGCUUUCCUAGACAUCUCUGUACCCUUGUAUUCACGUUCAUUGACGUACACCUACUCUCCCCUUUCACAUCUCUUUGACGCCCGCGCCGCAAAUCCUCGCAUCGGAACCUGGCAUCAUGACUUCCCCCCUCUCACCCGCUCAAUUCAACACCGUCUUCGACACCAUCCGCAUCGCAAACCUUCGGACGCGCCGCUCUGCCCAUAGCACGCGCGCCGCCUACUCCCCCACGCACCAUGCCCACGCCCGCGCGCGCACGCUCCGACUCUCCGUCGACAUUACCAAGGCCGCCAACUGCCCGCAGAGCCAGAUUUCUAUCAACCCGCUCCCCAUCAUCGACACCUCCGCCUCGCCCUCAUCGUCCACCUCCGCUCAAUUGCAAGCACCUCCCCCUGCCUGCUCUGCCGUUGCCCAGCCGCAGAUCACAUCCCCUCCCCUUUUGCGGCGCCGCCCCGCGCUCAAAUGCGUGAUCCCUGCGAGCGGUUUACCCCUUGACGACGAGUUCGUCACUGUGCUACUGUCCACUGGCUCCCCAGGGCGCCGCCAUAUGUGGCGUACGCACAAGAAGUCAGCUACGAUCUCCGACUUCCGUCGCGAAGAUGAGGCGCCAUACAACAGGCAGCCUGUAGCGCUUCGAGGUGAAGCGGUGGUGCCGAUUGGCAGCAGGAGCGCAGCGCCACGAUUGUCCGUCGACAUAUCGCCGUCGUUCAGCGUUGAGGAAAUCGUCUCGUGCGUGAGCGAUCCUGGCGAGCGAUCCACGGCGCCCUUGUCGCACGCAACGAUACGUGCGCCUCCAGCCACGGACCGUCCGCGUGCGGAUGUGCCUGUCGAUGUGGUUGAGGACGCUUGGGAGGGCGCUUCCUUGUUCGCGGGGUACUCGAUCAACUCUGCACAAGAUUACAAGUCGGAGACAGACUAUCCGUCCCCAACGUCAGCGCUCACUUCCGUGAUGACGCUGUCUUCAACAACAUCGUCUUUUGGAGACCUGAUCUGCUCGCCAAGGGGGACGACAUGGUAUAGCAGUUACGGCGUGGCCCCUGCUUCCGCGGCUUCGGAAGCGGGCUCACUUUCGAGCUCGCAAAGUUCGGAACAGUCGGCAAACGAUUUGGUGACUCCCGAAAAUACGAACGACCACAUUCUCAAGCGCAAGUCUUUUCAGGUGUUUGAGUGUCGGAGACUGUCGAAAUGUGCACGUUUAACCUACUAGACGCCAGGACGCCAGACGCUUCCUCCUUAAUAUCGGACAUUCCGCGGCAUGCUGCUCGCCCCACUUUCCUUCUCUGCUUCUCGAUGACGCUGCUGAGCAGGUCCCUGACUUGUCAUAUCUAUGGCCACUCGCGCCUAGCUGGAUCUUAUCCAUCCGAGGGCAGUGGACACCCCUUCUAACCCUCCUUUUACGUAUCAAAUUUAUCGGGAGCAAGCCCGCUGCGCGAAUGGACUUUUCCCCCUUUACUACUUCCUCUUUUUGCCAACGCGUCUAUUCACGACCCUUACUCGACGCUCUUCCUAAUCAGUGUAGCAUAGUGCCUGUCAUUAUUUAUUGUCCGGGCGUGUAUCUCUCUGCUGGUGGCAAUGGGUAUUGCUUCAUGACCGCCUA